GUGGUGUAGUGUGCUUGGCCCUCUGGGAGGAUGAGGGUGGUUCUUCUGAUUGCUGCUCUUCUUGCUUUGGUCUCUAUGGCCUGGCUGCAGGCAGUGUGGCUGGGAAGGCUGGACCCUAAGCAGCUCCUCGGGCCCUGGUACAUCCUGGCCGUGGCCUCCCGUGCAAAGGACUUCAUGGUGGAGAAGGACAUGAGGAAUGUAGAAGGUGUCGUGGUGACUCUUACUCCAGAUAACAGAUUGAGAGUUCAGUCCUCUCGGCAUGGGCCAGAUGGGUGUCAUCAGAGCAUCGUGGAGCUGCUGAAGCAAGAUUCCCGAUGGGUGUUUGAGAAUCCCUCUCUGGGAAUAUUGGAUUAUCGGGUACUGGGCACUAACUUCAAAGACUAUGCUGUCAUCUUCACACAGCUGGAAUUUGGGGAUGAGGUCUUCAACACAGUGGAGUUGUACAGUCGGACAGAGAUAGCCAGCCAUCAGGCCAUGAAGCUGUUCACCAAAUGGAGCCAGGGUUUGGGCUUCUUGUCUCAACAGCAGGCCCAGCUGCAGAAGGACUUCACUUGUGCACACAAGAUCCUCCAGUGAAUGCCACACCCUGGAGAUAGCCCCACAGCAUCCUGGUAUUCUGGUGGAGAUGGGCAGGCGCUGCCUUUGCAGUGGCUGCUGGCACUGGUGUUGGUUAGCUGCUCCCCUGGGCUCUUGCUUGGGUUGAAAAUAAAGUGAUUUCACAAGCAAA